GUUCUGUAAUAGACACAAAAAAGGUGAAGAAAAAGACACUUACAAUUUUCUGAAAAUAUUCCAAUCGUUUUAUGAUAAUAACUUAAAAACAAGAUUCAAUUUUGGAAAAAAAAAUCUAAUAUGAUAGUUUGUUUUAGAAAGAGUAUGUCAAUAAAGCGUUUCUUUGUUCAGCUUUGCUCAUAUUUAUUUUGUUUAAAACUGUUGGCUGCCGAUGUAAAUAUAACAUCAAAGUGUGAAUCUGGUGAGGAAGGCGGCAAUGCAGAAAUAUACUUUGACGCCGAGAUGACCGACAAGGUAGACAAAACCACGAUUAUAUUUGUAGUUGAUGAAUCUUUGAAUGUCACUGAAGUGGUCUCUUGUACGAUCUCUCAAAACUGUAUUAACACAAAAAGAUCAAUAAGAUUUAUCAAUGUAACUGCAAAUUUGACAGAGUCGCCACAGGGACCAAAGAAAUGGAUAAGAAUAUUUGUUCAAAAUAUAUCAAAUUUGUAUGCAGGCACUUGGGGAAUAAAGUUUACGAUUAACAGUAAUGUCAUCGUUUCUGGAAACUGCAGCUUCGAGGUUUUUAGGCAUAACUCAACUUGCAACACAUCAUUAACUUCCCUUGAAAUCUCAACAAUAAAUCAGUCAGCAUUUAUGGUCAAAAGGCAAGACACUGUGAAUGCUGUAAUCGCAAUAGUUCUUGUGAUUGUAAUGAUAGCAGCUCUAGUCCUCCUACUUAGAAGAACAGAUUGCUGUCGUCCUUUGGGAAAUACCGUGUUACUUAAAUGUAUGAAUUAUAAAGAAAACUAUUAUAAAGUUGUAUCAAUAAGCAAUAAUGGUAUUUACAACUUGAAAGAAACGCAGGAAACACGACAUUCUCUUGGUAUUGUACCAAGUGACCAAAGCGAUGUUGAUAAAGAUGGGAGUACAAAAAGUACAAGAACACGACAAACUGAAGAACGAUACUAUUCAUACUGCAAUCUUAACAGAUGUUCCUCAUCUCCAAACUCAUUGUCCGUAUCAGACAACGACAGACAACGACAGACAAAUAAACAAACACUUAUUUCACCCUGUGCGAUUAACACAGGAUUACAGAGUUAUCAAUUUAGCAAAACGCCCACGAAGAAGGCUAACGAACUCGGUGCAAUAACUAGACAUCUAUAAUGAAGUAAUUGUUUAUAUAAGUAAUGUUUAAUAUUGUGUUCUGAUCAUUGGAGACGUAUACACUUAUUUCUGUUUUCAUCUCUGAAGAGAAAAAAAAUAUGGCAACUUGAAAGCUACUUUCACUUUGACGUUUUAAUUAUAAUAGAUAUUGAAUAGGUAUUAAAUAAAGAAAAAUGUAUUAAAGUUUUUUUUAUUAUUUUUUAUUAUUAAAUGUAUUUUUGUACAAACAUUAUUUCAUUGCUCAAUAAAUUGUCGAGAUGUAAUUAAA